AUGUUGACUGUACGCCAUCAGCCUGUGGUUCUCAGCCUUGCAUGCCUCCAAAGCUUGUCGCAGCUCGGCGACUUCCUGGGCGUGGUUCCAGUGGCCAUCAAGGUCCUUGGCCAUGAGGGAGCUGGCAUCGUAGAAAGCAUUGGUCCAGGUGUCACAGAAUUUCAGCCAGACAAGGUGCUGCAGUUUUUUGGAACCAGGACCUUCUCAAAGUACACUAUGAUGAACCAGAUGGCAUUGGCCAAGAUUGAUCCUGCAGCUCCCCUGGACAAAGUCUUCCGCCUCAGCUACAGCAGCUAA